GGAUUUUUCGGACAGUUGGUUCAGUGUUCAGGAUCGAUACUGGUUCACACCGGUAUUAAUGUGCGAUAUUUCUGUGAUAUUGUGAGUAACUGAUGAAUCUCGGUAUGUGUGAUGGUAACAGCGAUGGAGGCUGGUGGGGAGGCUGGCUUCAGCAGAGCCUACAGACCCUUAAAGAGAGGUCAACUGAGACGUACGAGUUCAUCAAACGAGAUUUAACAGAGUUCUCCACUGUGGUGCAGCAUGACACUGCGUGCUCUAUCGUCGCCACAGCAAACGCCGUCAAGAGCAAGCUGGCGGUGGAAGGAUCAUCAGACACCACGGAGAAGGUGAAGAAAGGCAUCAGUAAUAUUCUGGGCGUAAUCACAGACACGCUGGCGCCACCACCAGACAAGACCAUCGACUGUGAUGUCAUCACGCUUGUAGCCACACCGGCCGGAACCACUGAGGUUUACGACAGCAUCAAGGCUCGACUCUACAGUCUACAAGCAAAUCCUGCAACAUACUGCAAUGAACCUGAUGGCCCUCCAGAGCAGUUUGACACUUGGCUCUCCACCUUCAGCCUGGAAGAGAAGAAAACCGAGAUCUCAGAGUUGCUAGUCACCAGCCCAUCCAUCCGAGCCCUCUACACUAAAAUGGUACCAGCAGCUGUGGCUCACUCCGAAUUCUGGCAGCGCUACUUCUACAAAGUGUUUCAGUUAGACCAGGAGGAGGCCAGGAGAGUGGCACUGAAGCUGAGAGCAGAGGAAACCACACAGGCUGAGAGUCUAGGCUGGGAGGAAGAAGAGGAAGAUGAAUUCCUGGGAGAAGCACCCUCAUCUCGUCUGGACUUCACUCCUCCCGUAAUCGUCGAGACCAGUCCCUCAUGCCCCUCAGCUGUCUCCCGUUUUGAAGCCACGCCUGAUGUCACCCCGUCAGUCAGCAGCGACAGCGUGAGCCUCCCUACACAGCUCGAAAUCCUUCCAGCCCAGCUCGAGGAACAGGCAUCGCUCAGUCCAGAGGAGGACGGAAGCAAUACCGUCGUGGAGGAAGUGAGAAAGGAGGGACCCAAAACAGGUGGAGUGAAGGAUGAGAAACCCAAAACACAGGAUAUGAAGGAUGAGGGACACAGAACUGGAAGAGUAAAGGAGGAAGGAACCAAAACAGAGGGCACAAAAGAGGAGGUGUUGCAGGAUCUCCGAGUGUUUGAGCUCAACUCUGACAGCGGCAAGUCAACGCCCUCGACCAACGGGAAAAAAGGAUCCAGUACCGAUGUAAGCGAAGACUGGGAGAAGGAUUUUGACCUGGAUAUGACAGAAGAAGAGGUCCAGCAGGCUUUGUCUAAAGUCGACGCCACUGCAGAGUUUGAUGACGAGGACUGGGAAAACUGGGACUGAAAAGCUGAGACCUGAGAGUGACUAGAGAUCAUAACUGCUCCCAAAUAAACCCACGCUUUGUUAUCAUCUUAAAAGAUUUAA